AUUAAAACAUUUUGUGUGCGAUUCAAACCCUGAAACAGGCGGGGUCUGGUUUUUUAAACUCUUCUCAGUCGCUAACCAACGGCCAAAUUCUUGUUGUCUACCUUGCUCAAGAUCGCCAGCAACUUUCGCCAAUGGAAACUUAAUUAUCGUUUCACCGACAAGUGAUUAAAACCAGAGGUCUCAAUAAGAAGUAAAAUUGAAUACACAAUGGUAGCUGUUAAAGGUAAGUCGAUUGCAAGUCGAGUAAUGGAAGACGUCACAACUAGCAAGACUGCUGGAUAUAGGAAGUUCAAGAUUUAUGCCGAAAAUGAUAAAGUUAAACCUAUCCGUAGCGAUUCUGUUGAUGAUGAAAUCAAAAGGAAAUCAUUACCUGUUAAAAAUGGGUGUCAGGGCACUACAACUAAUUCUAAGAUAAAGGUGGCUCUAAAGAACAUUGAGAACACUAAAGGAAAGAAUGAUAAAUCUGCAAUGAGAAACACUGGAAGAAAAGUUCUAGCUGAUAUUAGCAAUGUUAAGGGUGAUGCCUCAAAGACUGUAAUACGCGGCGUUGCUAAACCACUGACAACUAAAGCCACAAGCAAUAGGUAUUUGCAAAGGUCUUCAUUAGGUACAGGUCAUACGAAUGCAACUUCUUCAACAAGAAAACCAUUAACGGGGAACUCAAGAGUGAGCCUGAGUCAAGUCACCGCGAACCAUUAUACUGGUCGGAGAGAUACAAGAGAUAGAAAUGAUAUAAAGGUGUCCUCUGGUGACCUACAGACCAACUUCCAGGGUCGUAAAUCUUUCAACAAUGUAGGCAGGACAUCUCUAAUUCCUCGGCCACCAACAAGGAAUUCUUUGCCUGUGCUAAAGCGAGCAAACAAAAUUGAUUCAAGUGAAGCUGAGAAGAAAAAUGCUGAAUACACGGGACAGAUCAAAGAGAAGUGUGGGUUUUCUGUUAAGCUCAAAGUCGGUAGGAAGACCUUACCCUCUGGAAGCAAUAGUGGAAGUUAUCUUACAACAAAUCAAGCGAGGGGAUUUGGUGGUCAACUUAAGGUGGAUUCAAGGGCUUCCUCUAGAAAAUUAGUGAAGUCAACAGCAAAACUGAAGGUUGAAAAUUUAGAUCCUAGAACAACUUUGAAAGAAGUUGGUGCUGCGACAUUGUCUAAGAGAGAGAAUAAAGUGCUCACAACUUCAUUAUCAUCAAUCAAAAGACCACCUUUAGUUGUCGCUAAUAAACAACCUGCUCAAGAUGAGCUUGCUUCUGAUUCCAACAGCAAUGAAGUUCAAAAUGCAUCUGAUGAUAUUGCCAGGAAAAAGUCUGGGCGCAGGAGAUCUUAUACAACUUUACUGAUGGCAACAUCAAAGUUGUUAAAGGAACAAAUUAAGAAUGAUGAGCAGGAUUGUCUGCCAAAUAUUGAUCAGGAUUCCAAUCACCUUGAUGUUGCUGAAUAUGUUGAUGAGAUCUACCAGUAUUAUUGGGUUAUGGAGGCACAUCAUCAACCACUACAAAAUUACAUGGACAUGCAGAAAGAGAUUACACCUCAUAUGAGGGGGGUAUUGGUCAAUUGGCUUAUUGAAGUGCAUCAAAAAUUUGAUUUAAUGCAAGAAACCCUUUAUCUAAUGGUCACACUGUUGGACAGAUAUAUAUCCUCAGUUAGCAUCAAGAGGACUGAAAUGCAGCUUGUUGGUCUUACUUCACUGUUGCUAGCAUCAAAAUACGAGGACUUUUGGCACCCAAAGGUUACAGAUCUAAUUAGUAUCUCAGGAGAGUCAUAUACGAGGGAUCAAAUGCUUAGAAUGGAGUCGGCUAUGUUAGAGAAAUUGAAGUUUAGGCUAAAUGCACCUACUCCUUAUGUUUUCAUGCUAAGAUUUCUCAAGGCUGCUCAAUCGGACCCAAAGUUUGAACAUCUGGCCUUCUAUCUCAUUGAGCUCUCUUUAGUUGAAUAUGAAGCCGUGGACUUCAAGCCCUCAUUGCUGUGCGCAUCUGCUAUCUAUCUUGCACGAUGUACAUUGCAGAUGACUCCUGCAUGGACCCCGCUUCUCGGAAAACAUGCACAGUAUGAAGAAUCACAAAUGAGGGAUUGUGCAAAAAGUCUCUUGAAAUUCCAGAGAGCUGCUAAAAAAGGGGAGUUGAAUAUUACCUAUCAGAAAUUCCUGAGACCUGAUUACAGCAAGGUUGCAGCUAUUAGGCCUUUGGAUAGGCUGCCCCUCUAAAGCAGCUACAGUAUUGGGGGCAAAGGUUCUAUACUUUUGUGUAAUCUUGUCAAUGUUAAACCGGUAUCCUAUCUGAUGUUGUAAACUAUAUGUAUUCGAUGUUAAAACUGAAUACAGCGAUAUAUCAACAAAAAAUU